UUCAUCUACCAUUUUCACUCUUCAAAUCCCAUCUUUUCUUCAUCUACCAUUUUCACUCUCACAAUCUUCUUCAUUGCAACAACAAUCACAAACUCCAAACUUCUCCACCAUAGCUCAAGCACAACAAUGGAGACCAAUCUUCUUCAUCAUGCUCCACUACACACCCCUUUGCUCAAUCAUCCACCAAGACUCAACAACAAUGGCCAUAAACCAUCAAAGGGUAUCUUUGUGAUGCUUUGUUCCAUUGUUUUUCUCAUGUCAUUGCUUGCAUUGAUCAUGAUCAUGAUCAUGAUCAAGAGCCAAAACCACUCAGAAAAAUUCACAGAAACCACCCCUUUUGAUUCAUUCAUCUCCCCCAGAGGGGUGUCUCAAGGUGUUUCUCCCAAGUCCAAUCUUUUCCACAGAGCUUCAUACAAUUGGACCAACGCCAUGUUUUCUUGGCAAAGAACAGCGUUUCAUUUUCAGCCUCAAAAAAAUUGGAUGAAUGAUCCUGACGGUCCAUUGUUUCACAUGGGGUGGUACCAUCUGUUCUACCAAUAUAAUCCUGAUUCAGCUGUGUGGGGGAGCAUCACAUGGGGCCAUGCAGUAUCAAGGGACAUGAUUCACUGGCUCUAUCUACCCAUUGCCAUGCUCCCUAACAAGUGGUACGAUAUCAGCGGUGUAUGGACCGGAUCAGCCACGAUUCUGCCAGGUGGCAAAAUCAUAAUGCUUUACACAGGUGACACCAAUCAAUAUGUGCAAGUGCAAAACCUUGCAUACCCUGCCAAUCUAUCUGAUCCACUUCUUCUCGACUGGGUCAAGUAUGCGGGUAACCCGAUCCUAGUGCCUCCGUCCGGCAUCGGAUCCAAGGACUUCCGAGACCCGACCACGGGUUGGGUCGGGCCGGAUGGAAAAUGGAGGGUAGCAAUUGGGUCAAAGAAAGGAAAAACGGGCCUUUCGAUAGUUUACACAACCAUUGAUUUCAUCAACUUUGAGCAAAAUGAUCACUACUUGCAUGCCGUCCCGGGUACGGGUAUGUGGGAAUGUUUGGACUUUUACCCGGUUUCGAUAAACGGGUCGAAGGGUUUGGAUACUUCGGUUAACGGGCCACAAGUUAAGCACGUCCUAAAAGCUAGUUUGGAUGAUGCAAGGGUAGAUAGUUAUGCAAUUGGAACCUAUUUUGUUGAAAACGACACGUGGGUACCCGAUAACCCGCUUAAGGAUGUGGGUAUCGGGUUGCUUUUGGACUAUGGAAGAUACUAUGCUUCAAAGAGUUUCUAUGAUAGAGAAAAAGAGAGAAGAAUUCUAUGGGGUUGGGUCAAUGAAACUGAUAUAGAAAGCGAUGACUUAAGAAAGGGUUGGGCUUCUCUUCAGACAAUUCCAAGAACAGUGUUGUUUGAUAACAAGACCGGGACUAAUUUGCUUCUGUGGCCAGUGGAGGAAGUAGAAAGCUUGAGACUAAGUAGUGAUGAAUUUGAAGGAGUGGUGGUUAAGCCUGGCUCUGUUGUGCCACUAAACAUAAGCCUAGCGACACAGUUGGACAUAUUUGCUGAAUUUGAGAUUGAAUGGUUGAACUCCGAAAGUAUUGGUGAGAACAACAUAGGUUGUGGAAGGGGUGGUGCAGCAGAAAGAAGUGCUUUUGGACCAUUUGGUCUUCUAGCAAUAGCAGAUGACUCACUUUCUGAACAAACCCCAGUUUAUUUUCGCCUUUCUAAUACUACCACUUUCUUCUGUGUUGAUGAAACAAGAUCAUCAAAGGCUUCUGAUGUUGCAAAGCCAAUUUAUGGCAGCAAGGUUCCAAUCCUCAGUGAUGAAAAAUUAUCAAUGAGGGUAUUGGUUGACCAUUCAAUUAUUGAGAGCUUUGCUCAAGGAGGGAGAACUGUGAUCACAAGUAGGGUUUAUCCAACUGAAGCAAUAUAUGGAGCUGCAAGAUUAUUUGUAUUCAACAAUGCUACUGAUAUAAACAUUAAGAUCUCCUUAAAGAUUUGGCAAUUGAACUCUGCUUUCAUACGUCCUUUUCCCUUUGAUCAAGAAAAAAAAAAUGCUUUGCCCUAGAUAAGUAAUCGAUGAAAGGCUCAGGAUCUGAAUCAAAUAGCAAUUCGCGCCCAAAAGCAACUCCUCACAAACCCUAACCCCCAAUUG